AUGAAUACAUCAAGUGAAAACGAGACUCCCUCAAAGUUGUUAACUAAUGAUGAAAAUACCUGCCAUAUCAACAGAGAAUAUGGAGACAGCCUGUAUUUUGCAAACAAAGCUGAAUAUAUGGAGAAACAUCCACCCAUUAUGGCUGAGGGUAACCCUUUUGUGGUCAGAAAGAGCACUCAUUACGACGAGCAUCAUAAUGAUAGCAUGGGAGCAGUUAAUUGCUUUCUCAGGGAAGGCAAACUGUAUAAGCAGAAUAGAAAAACUAAAGAGCUUGACACUAUCUGUGAAGAAGCCACCUUCAUCUUCAACCCUAUUCAGGAGAAAGAGGAUGAAUUUGAAAUAACCAUAUUUAAGAAUGGAAAGAUAGGGAUUGAAAAGCCCAUCCAUCGCAUAUCGAUGGAUAAGGUUUGCUUUUAACAAGAUAGAUAUCAAUUUUGAAGCAUUCAUUUGGAUCAUAGGUCCAAAACCUUACAGACCUGAAAAAGGCUCAAUAGGGACACAGUAUAUUUUUGUGUUCAACUGUAUUGAUGAUGUCAAAGAUUUUUCACUUGAAUUGAUCAAUUCUAAGAUAUCCAAGACAUCAGGAGCAAAUGUUAAGGAGGAUAUCUUUGAUUUUAACCGCGAAAAACUCAAUUCUUCUGGACAUAAGCUCGAUUGAAGUGAUUUCCUUUACCAAGAAAAUUUCGAAAUAGACCGUAAAACAGCUAGGUUUAUCCAGGAUCAAGAAACUGCGAAGAAAAAGAAACUGUAUAAACCCAUGAGCACCAAGUUUGAAUCCAGUUCCAAGGGGUCAGACUCUCUCUGGUCGUUCUUCUGAUGCCAGACAAACAUCACAAUUGAUUAAUUCAAAGCUAGACAACCUUCAAACUAUCAUGGCUAGAGUUCCAAGAGCACAUUUGGACUCAUUUUCUGUUGAUCAGAAGUAUAUCAGAAUCACUUAAGCCAUCAAGGAAUCCAUCAUGAGGGCUUGAAGGAAGGCUA